AUGGAACCUCAAACUCAUCUUCCUAAAGUCUCGGUUGCUCUUGUAGGCGGCGGAACUAUUGCCCCUCUGCAUGCAGAGUACCUACUUUCCUCGCCCACAUGCUCGCUAUCGGCUGUCAUAGAUCCCUUUCCACCCGGCAAGACUCUGGCAACAAAACUCGGUGUUCCAUACUACAACUCCGUACAGUCCCUCCUCCGCUCAGAAAUUCAAAGCCCAGACGCGUAUAUUAUCUGUGUACCUUCAAGCCUUCAUGUACAUGUCGCCACAGACGUGGUUACCCACGGACGGCCAAAGGCGAUCCUCAUCGAGAAACCUUUCUGCACGGAUUCCAAUGCCGGUAAACGGCUGAUCGAAUUCGCAAAAUCAAAGUCUUGCCAGAUCCUAGUUGGCCAUCACCGCCGCUUCCAUCCGUCCAUCGUAGCUGCACGCGAGGCAAUUGGCAAUGGGAAGCUCGGAAAAAUCACCGCUAUCACCGGGACCUGGACUGCGAAGAAACCUGACAUCUAUUAUUCGUCGGCUCAAUGGCGCGCCUUACGAUCAGCUGGCGGAGGCCCGAUAUGGACGAAUUUCAUCCACGAUAUUGACGUGCUACAUUAUCUGACAGGGUCAAGAGUGAGCAGGAUAUGGGCGCUGUCAGCAGUUCGACACAGAGAGAAUAGCACCGCGCCUCCCGCGGACCUUGUUGAGGAAGGCGUGUCGAUAAUGCUGCAAUUUGCGAAUGGCGUGGUUGGGACGUUCGUCGUCAGCGAUAAUGUCCCUAGUCCGUUCGGGUGGGAGGCCGCAACAGGCGAUAAUCCCUUGUAUCCGGUCGCUCCUGUGGCUGUUGACUCUUAUCGCAUUUUCGGCACCCUGGGUACGCUAACUGAACCGGAUGGUGUGCUGUGGGGGUACGAUGCCACGGAUUCCGAAAGAUUGGGCCUAGAGAUAGGAUGGAAUGUGCCAAUCCGCAGGAAUGUCUUGCAUGUGGGUGAUGGAAUUCCGUUCCAGCAACAGGUGGAACAUCUAGCUAGAGUCAUCAGAGAAGGCGAAAAGGCUAGAUGCUCGGAGGAAGAUGGUUUGGCCGCUGUGAAAGUAUGUGAGGCUGUGAUCACUGCACUAAUAGCAGGUGAUGGUAUUCCUGUCGACAUUCACUUUUAG